AUGGCGGAUGCGGGCGUAUCUUCAGCGCUGUCGUCGCCCGUUUUUCAGCAUUUUUUGGUAGCAAUCAGUGUCGCGGUUAUCCUCGCGCCCUUCAGCUAUUACAUGGGCAUGGGAGCCCGCAUCUUAAAGUUACCACAGAUCACAGGCUACCUUGUAUCAGGAAUUGUAUGUGGCCCCUACUUGCUUGGAAUCCUGUCGACGGAGUCAGUCGUUGACCUCAACAUCAUAGAAGGCGCCUGCCUUAGUAUAAUCGGCCUGGCAGCAGGAGCUGAACUUCAUCUUAGUGAGCUCUCUAGGAGCAAGAAGCAGGUACUUGGGAUUACAUUCGGUAUCUCUAUAGCGACUUGGGUUCUCUGCUAUGGUGCGCUGGAGUACACAAGCGGGCUACUGCCGAAGUUAGGUGAACUGGAUGAGUCGCACAUAGUGGCGGUCGCCUCGCUGGGCGCGACGCUCAUGAUGGCGCGUUCACCGGCGUCUGCGAUCGCCGUGCUCAAGGAAAUGGAUGGAAAGGGGCCGUUCAGCUCGUUGGUCAUGGCGGUGGUGGUCGUUAAGGACGUGGUGGUCAUCAUUGCGUACGCUAUCAACGUGGAGCUCAUCCGCGGGUCCAUCGUGCCCUCAGCGUCCGCCGGGUCCACGCCGCUGCUGGGCAUGAUGCUCCCGGUGUUGAGCGUCAUGUUGAGCAUAGCAGUGGGGCUUUGCGGAGGUCUGCUGCUCAGCAUGCUGCUGCGGCCGCACUCGCUGUUGGGGGCCGUGCUGCCUAGCAUGUCGCCGGCCACCACCUUCAAGGUUAAGCAACUGGUCAUCUUGCUGGUGUCCACCGUCAUAUUCAACAUGGCACAUUACUUUGAAGCAGAGCCGCUGCUGGCUUGCGUCACUAUGGGCCUGUUCAUGGUCAACAGAAGGCCGCACUUGCCUGCCCGUUGGGUCAUUAGGCACGACCGUGCUGACAAGGAGAAGGAGGAGCUUCACAUGAUGGUCAGCCAGAUCAUGAGUCUCACCAACGUGGCCUUUUUCGGGCUGGCGGGUGCAUCACUAAAAGUGGGGGCUCUGAAGGACAUGUUUGGCGCUGCACUGCUGGUGUUCGCUGUGCGGCUGGUCGCCAUCUUCGUGGGUUCCUGGCUGGGCUGCUACACCACCUCCACGUCCUCGGAGUACCGGCGGCUGUUCUGGAUGUCCAUGAUCACGCAGGCGGGGGUGGCCAUGGGGCUGGCCCGCCUUGCGGGCACGCGCUUCCCAGACUGGGGCCCACACUUCCAAACAUAUAUGAUGGCCAUCAUUUUGCUCAACCUGCUUGUGGGUCCACCGCUGUUUCGCCAUGCGCUGGUGCGUGUGGGCGAAGCCAAGGCGCUGCUGCUGCCCAUAAAGGGCAGCGGUGGCGGUGCAGUGGCACAACAGCUACAGUUGGGGAGCAUCCUAAUCAAGGAGAAUGGCGGCGGAGGCACCUCGCUGGAUGGAGGUCUGACCCACCAGCACGGCCACGGGCACGGGCUCGGGGACGAGGACUCACCUACGAAACCUGAUCGUGACCUAGACCAGUAA